CGCCAUGGACACGUUCAGCACGCAGAGCCUGGCCCUGAAGGCGCAGAAGAAGGUCCUGAGCAAGAUGUCCUCCAAGGCCAUGGUGGCCGUGUUUGCGGACGACACGAGCACGCAGGUGCUGGAUGAGCUGUACCGGGCCAGCAAGGAGUUCACGCGCAGCCGCAAGGAGGCGCAGCGGGUGCUGAAGGACCUGGUCAAGGUGGCGGUGAAGGUGGCGGUGGUGCUGCGGGCCGGGCGGCUGGGCGCGGACCAGUUGGCCCAGCUGGGCCACUUCCGGCGGCGCGCGCGCAGCCUGGCCAUGACGGCCGUGAGCUUCCAGCAGGUGGCCUUCACCUUCGACCGCCGCGUGCUGGCCGCCGGGCUGCUGGAGUGCCGAGACCUCUUGCACCAGGCCACCGGGCCCCACCUCACCGCCAAGUCCCACGGCCGCAUCAACCACGUGUUCGGCCACUUUGCCAACGGGGACUUCCUGGCGGCGCUGUACGGGCCGGCCGAGCCUUACUGCUCCCACCUGCAGCGCAUCUGCGAUGGGCUGGGCCGCAUGCUGGACACCGACAGCAUCUGAACUCCGCCCCCCGGCCCCCUGUCCUCCCGGCCCCCGACUCAGCACCCAGUACCUCGACUCAGCACCCAGCACCUCGACUCAG